AUGGCCAUAACCAGUAUUAGUGCUACUUUCAUUGUGAUAUUUCUACAAUUUGGAGAAGUGUUUGCUCAGGGAAACCAGAUUGCCUCAUCCAACAGAAUUGUCGCUGGAGGCAGACCGUUUGAAGUUGUGCAGGCAAACGAUGGGAGGCGGAUCCUAGUGUUUCUUGAAGAGGGAGGUGGCAGACGACAAGUUCAGACGUUGUCGUCACAAAGUCCGGAUAUUGCCGAGACCUUCCCUCAGGACCUCUCCUCGUUGUCAAGGAGACAGCGCCGUGGUCUGGAAAGCUUACGAAGAGACCUGAUCAGACGCGUACGAAGGCGUACAAAUUGGAGUCGAUACACAAUACAAAGAGGUCAGAAUGGGGUUCCUGAAUUGGUUCGUAGAAGAAGUAGACGUCAGAGGGCGCUUUCAAGAGACGACGUCAUACACAUGAUUCGGGUAAUCAACCAGUAUCUAUCUGGACAACUAGCAACAGCUGGGAUCCAAGGAACAAGCAGUUUAUCAACAUUAUUCACUUCACAAAUGACUUCACCUUUAACGUCAACUUUUAGAUCAAGUUCAACAACGUUUAACCCAACGACUUCAACAACAAGAAGAACAACCACCUUAAGACCGAUUUCAGUUGUGUCAUCAACAACCCCGUCAUCUCGAAUAACAGAGUCACAGCGAUUAAUGCGACAGCUUAGAGAAGAGGAACAAAGACUUCUAUCUCUCAUGCAGACUACGACUUCACCAACCACAAGUCUUACAACGGCUAAUUCUAUUGUAAGCAGUCUAAAAGACAACGAAAGACAACUUUUACGAGAACUUGCUAAUUUAGAAAGAACUACAAUACUACCACCGACUUCCCAGAUGACACCGAGCUUAUCUUCCAGAGAGUCAAUCCUCAACAAAACACGGGCGGACAUUGUGUCUGUGACCCGGGAUCUUCAACUGGUACAAAAUGCACUUCUACAGAGACUUAAAAGGGGGGACAUCAUGAACAAUGAACGUAAUACGCAAAGUAAUGCUGAACUUAUUCGUCUUCGAAAUAUGGAGCGAAAUCUUCUUCAAAGACGUCGAUUUCUACAAGAGAACCAGGCUAAGCAGCUUUCACACGAUCGAAUUCAACCUAUUGCUAAAGAGAGGCGAGAUGAAAUAAUGACAUCGAUUGAUAACAUGCUGAACAGACAACCAAUAGAGUCAUCCCCACUUACUGGCGACCUUCAGAAAACCAAUACAAUUCAUUCGAGGUUUGAAAAUGUUUUACUUACACUUGAAAAUGUCUUAAGUAAAGGCGAACAAUUGUAUCUCAUUCGUAUUCUCGGUGAAAUAGAAAAAGGAAUAAAAGUGGACAGAAACAAUAUGCAGCUCAAUCAACUUUUGCAAAAACUUAACAAUUUGUUAUCUAGUACCGAUUACUUUUUCAUUAGAAACUUGUUGCUGGGAGAUAGCAAUGAAAGCUUAACUAAAUCUGUCACACAAGAGCCAGCGAACAGUCUGUCUGAUUUACCGAGUAAUCAAGCCCAAUCUUUCCAUUCAAAUGAUAUAGACAAAAUAGCUCAAAUUGUACAAGCGCAUCUUCAACCUCAGGAACAAGAAAUUGUAUUGAAACUUUUCUCAUUGAAUCAUCAGAAUGGGUCACAUCUUCAAACACCGUAUGUCCGUCUCAUUCUUCAAAAGCUUCAGAAACUACUUACUUUCUCGGAAUACAAAACUCUCGAAAGCCUGAUAAACGGAGGGACUGAACGAAACCAGCAACCUGUUGCACAUGCUCAUAAUGCAAACAAGAGAAUCGAGCCAGGAACACAUCAAAUAUCUCAGACACAUCAUCAUUCGAAUCUGAUGCAACAACAGAUAGAAAAUACUAACAACAUAAUCUCUCCCCACACAUCCGAAUUUGUAGGUCAGCAGACAAUGAUGCAACAGCAAAAUCAGCUUCUAAACCAACACUCAGCUUUGAAUGGUCAGACUGGCAUUCAUCAGAUGGGCAAUGUUCCUGGAACAUCACUUGUCUUCCCUGGAGCGAUUAAUCAGAUGAUCCAUCCAAUGAUUCCCCGCCUACCAUCUGCUUUUAUGCAAGAACUCAUGUUUGGUGACACAACGGACCCCCCUGAUAUCCCUGACCCCAGCACCCCACCCCCAACAAAGGCACCAGAGGCAACUGUGUUGGCCUCAAAGAUGGGGGUAGCAGAUCAGGUGUCUUCUUUUUCAACAGUAAAAAGGGGAGAUGUAACCCUUAACAAACUACCAACCUCUACCCCGAGUCCUAAUUCUGAUACGAGUAAUAAUUCCAAGAUGAUAUCCUCGCACAUUAAUACAAUAAUGAACGUAUUGAAAACUUCUGGGAUUCCUAAAAAUGUCAAACUAGAGUUCCAUCUACCACAACAUAUGCAGGUUGAAAAAGAGCGCUUGUCAAAGGCGGAAAACAAAACAGAACAUUUCCCUAAUCCAGUCUUUACACCACACAUCGCAAAACCAGCGGUUAAGUUUCCUUUUAAACUCGAACAAAAGGCCAAAAAUACUCAACCUGGCGGUAAAAAAGAUUACAUAAUACUAAAUAAUCAACAUUCUCAAGUUUUCGAACCUUUCCAUCAGACAGGGGAAGUCACUCCAGUUCGUGUUCAAGUUCUUGAUUCUCAAACAAAAAAUAAACCUACGUUUCAUGGACCCCUUCCUAACCCCGCCGUUUUCGAACCUUUCCAUCCGACCAGGGAAGUUACUCCAAUUCGUGUUCAAGUACUUGAUUCUCAAACAAAAAAUAAACCUACUUUUCAUGGACCACUUUCUAACCCACCUGUUCAGGAUAAAUACCAUGUAAUCACCGACAACCAAAAGGUUGAUUCAAGGAGCCCUGGAAAUUUCUCAAAUAUGAAGACAUUGAAUUAUAUUCGGGAGACUCCGAUUGUUCAUAAUGAUCAACAAUCUCCGAGAAAUACUAAUUUUCAAAACUUCCAAACAAACUUGAAUCUGAGCUUCACGAACCUCAUCAAAGAUAGAUCUGGGGAUAAUGAGAGAGGGUCUCGUAGAUUACCCCCGGCACCAAAGUCUAUAGAAGAACUUGAACAGAUGAAUAAACUGCAUUUUCAAAUUCCAUUAAAACAGUUGUUUCCGGGUCCACUUACGCAAGAGUUGCCCCAAAGCAUCAAACACCAAUCUACAUUGGAUAUAAAACGUAGAGUGCCUCCAACUCCACCAACCUCUCAAGUGCAAUUUAGAAAAGAAAAUUUCGGACAUAUCCAAAACUUUCAGCCCAAAGCAAUAUCAUCUCUUUCGCAGUCUGGUGCAUUAAAUCAAGUUUCCAGCAAGAUGGCCACUGUAGCAGUUACAUCUGAUAUUAGAUUAGGACCAAUUUUGCCAACUAGAAACAUGCUUACGAAUGCAGAGCAGUCAAAUGUACUAGACAACCCAAAGAACGUUAUUGACAACAGUCACCAUUAUACUCAUGUAUCAUCAGAUAGCAGUGUCAAGCCUACAAUGAAUUUCAUGACUGAAUCCAAAAAUCUUGAAAAUAUAAAUCAAGACAUUGAGAGGAAUUCUGCUAAUGAAAUGAAUGUGAUUCACUAUACAAAGCCUGUAUCAAAUAAACAAACAGAGGGUAUCCCCGUAACCAUGCCACCUCAGCAAAAUCCCUUCAGUGUUUCUCAACCAAACGAAUUUCUACAAAAGACAACGGACCAAGGCAGGAAAUGGGAAGAUGUAAAGAAGCUAGAGAAAGCCGCUGAUAAUCAGAUAAAGAACGUUAUCUUGCACAGCGGUGGUCAGGUGAAAACUUCUUUCUGGGAUAACCUUAUACAGAAAGCAAGGUCAGGCACUUCAUCUAACCCAGUAAUUAAAAUCAAUCUAGGUUCAAAUCUAAUGGAGCCUCCUUCACUAAGUGAAAAGAAGGUCAAUGUCAACAACGCGAAUGUAGAAGAGGUAGAGGCUGAAGACACAACUACCACCACAACUACAACUACUGCCAAACCAAACGAGGAGUUCCGAAUGGAAAUUCACACUAGUCAAGAUGGCGUCAGUAAGAUAAGCAUUAUUCCACAGGCGACUCAAGGUGAUAAACUGAAUUCAAAAUGCACACCAUCAUCAGAAGAUUUCAUUUGUUCUGGCGUGGCGCCUUUCGAUUCCGUAAGAUCUAUUGGAACAUGGUGCUUGGCCAAAUGUUUACAAGGAUCUUGUGUAGAAACUGUAUGUAACUGUUCAUGUGACAGGAGGCUUCAAUCUUCCUCUGAUCACGUACAAGGAGAAAACAUGGCUUUCGCACUUACAAAGGGAGAUAACUCUAAUUCUCCUCAAAUACAGGCAACACUUAAUGAAAUCUACUCUUCUUUGAAGGGAAACACGAACUCUCAAGCUCAAACAAGUGGUAAUGAUUUUUCAGGAAGGAAUGGGAACGUUGAUAAUGGAAAUGGCCACAGAAUGAAUGGGCAGAAUGCAAAUAACAGACAAGGUGGAGCGCCCAAUGAUCCCAUGAAUGUCCAGUUCCUGCUCCGGUCAAUAGAAGGCAUGAUAGAAAACAAACUUCGCAGACUGACUCCAACGACCCCUCCCGCAGAGGAAGUGGAGGCAGAGGACAUCGUGACAACCCCUCCCCCAAAUAAUAACUGGAAUAAUGGAAAUAAUAACAAUAAUGGGAAUAACUGGAAUGAUAAUGGGAACGGGAAUAACAAUGGGAAUAAUGACAAUAAUAACUGGAAUAACAAUAAUAAAGGCAAUAACUGGAAUACCAAUGGAAAUAACGAUAAUGGAAAUAAAUGGAAUAACAACAAUAAUGGGAAUAGCAACGGGAAUAAUGACAAUAAUAACUGGAAUAACAAUGGAAAUAAUAACAAUAAUGGAAAUAACUGGAAUAACAACAAUAAUGGGGAUAAUGGGAAUAACUGGAAUAACAAUGGAAAUAAAAACAAUAACUGGAAUCAUAAUGGAAACAAUAAAAACAAUAAUGAAAACGGCUGGAAUAAUAAUAAUGGAAAUUGGAAUAACCAAAACAGUGGGAAUAAUUGGAAUAACAAUGGUAAUAAUGGGAAUAAUAAUCCAAAUAACUGGAACAAUAAUAACUAUAAUUGGAAUAACAAUUGGAAUAAUGGAAAUCAAUGGAGCAAUAAUGGUCAGAACAAUGGGCAAUGGCAAAACUGGAACGGACCAAAUAAUUCCGGAUGGAACGGUCCGCCUCCGUAUUGGAAUCAAGGACAAUGGAAUAAUGGAGGCGGAUCGAACAACCAGUGGAAUAAUUGGGGCCAACCUGGACACUGGAACAUGGCCUUUUCCCGCCGAAAUCAAUGGCAGAGUCACGCAGGUGGCGAGGGUGCCGAAGCGGCAGACUGA